GAACAUGGCAACCCCACUCGAAAAGCAAACUUCUACCGAGAGGCCGCGGAAUUCUAAAAUCUAGCAGACGAUAAUCACACGUGCUGUAGUAAACAAACCUUCUCUUCUUGGAUAAAUCGUUUGGUUUUCAAGGUGUCACGCGAAUGACAUAGUUUGGAAUAUAAGUGGCAUUUUGAUUAGAUUUGUGUUUUUAUUUGUGUUUUAAUAUUUUUGGAGUGAUUUUUUAUUUUCAAAUUUACUAUGAUCUCUGGGGAUUACUGAAGCAAUACACCAUCGUUUGCACUAUUUGGAUUAACAAAAAGAAGAUAUUUUAUUCUGAAAGGAAAACGAUUGUGAUUUGUGGUGUCAUGUUGCCAAGAAAUCGCAAGCCGGCUUUCGUUUCUGUUGUAUUUUUGAUCUUGGGAUGUUCCGCGGUUGCGGAAGCCCAAGAGGAUGGAUGCUACACCUCAGGAAGUGUUGCCGGUAUUGUAAUAGCUACAAUUAUCGUAACAAUCGUCAUGGGUGGACUUGCAGGGGCCUUUGUUUGGUAUAUUUGGAAACAGCGAAAAGGUACAUUUGAAGAAGCGAAAGAACAAGAAAAACCGAUCCUGUGCCCUCCAAUGUCAGAUAAACAAAUGCUUGCAAAAGAAAACAAUGAUUAUGCUUUUGACAAUCCGUACUUCAAAGAUGAUGAAUCAGACCACAAAACACCAGAUGCCGCAGAAAAAGGCGAGUCUAGAUUCCGUUUGGACAAUGGUGAUGUCACAUCGGCUACGCAACAAAAUGCUAAGGCAUCCAACGGGACCAAUGGUCAACAGAAGAAAAAUCGCCCAUUCUCUAGUCUACCAUUCCACGCUGUCUUCCACCCGUCUUCUGGAAAGAAACAAAAAACGACAAUGGACGAUACUUACUUAUCCAAGCACCUGGAGCGAAUCACGGUACCUCUGCGGGGUCAUGACUUCACAGGUUUGGGAUUCAACAUCUGUGGCAACAUGCGAGAUGGCAUCUUCGUCAAAGAUGUCCUUCACAGGGGGCCGGCCUCCGAAUCAGGAAAAAUAAAAGCAGGUGACAAAAUAAUUGGCGUGACCGUCUCGUUCGGCGCUAUGGUCUACGAGGACGCUUUGACCAUACUCUCUUACGCAUCUCCGUACGACGUGAAACUGGAACUGGAGAAAUGCCCCUCUACUUCUAAUCUGGUGAACCCACCUCAUCUUCCAUCUUCUUCACCCAAAAGACUGGGUGCAUCGACCAGCUUCAGGACAGGUGACCAAAGGAGGCUAUUCCAUCCUCUUUACAGGAGUCAGUCCAUCGAUGACCUCACACAAAUUGGAAAAGACCUUUUCUUGAAUGGAAAUUCACCAAGAAUUCAGAAAGAUUCCUGCACGACCCCCAAACGAUCUCAAAGUAUAGAAACUGGCCACACACCUAUGAAAAAUCGAAUCAGUGUUGCUAAGGUAGCUGAUGAUUCGGUAAAUAAGUCUGCUACAAAUAGUAAAGGUAGUCGAAAUUCUAGUACUUCCAGUUGUGACUCCAAAGGAAAAACUGUAUCUGUAACUCCACUUCGUGAGAGCACAGCUCCCGCAUCCACCAUAGAAGAAGCACCAUGCAUCAAAAAAGAGGUGAAAAGCUCCAGAUUCCGAGUAGAACAAAUUAAUGUCCAAACUGAAGCUCCUAUCUCUCAAACGAAAAUAACUCAUCCCGUUAAGCCUAUUAGAGAUUCAACGGAAGUACAAGACAACACAGAUAACAACAAUGUAGGUGAGGUUGCAGUUACAAAGGAAGCAAAUACAAUUUCGAAACAAGUGGAGGACACAGUUAUGCCUCAGUCUGCCGUAGAAAAAGUGACGGAACCGGAAGGAGACGCCCAUAAGCCAACAGCCCCACCUCGAAAAAUGUGCACCCCUAAAAGGAAAGCCCCUGCACCCCCACCUGUCGUCUCCACUAAAACAGAAACUUCCGCUGUGGUACACAGGGCGGAUGAUCAACCCCCGGAUAUAACGACUGAUUCGCAUCCGGAACAGCCUGUUUUUGGAAUGGAAACGGAAUCGAAACCGGAAUUCGCAUCUGAAUUGAGAGUUCCUGAUGUAGAUUUGGAAUCUUCGGAUAAUUCUUCGAUUGUGAGUGCUUCAAGGAUUGAAGAACCAUCCAGUCCUGAGAAGAGAAAAGCAUCGUCUCUCGGAGAUCUCACUAAAUUAGAUCACGAAGCCAACAAGAAAACAUCCAUAUCGUCGGCCAUUUUAGAAAGAGCUGUAUCCCUUGACUUACAGCAAAGUCUACCUGGUGAAAAUCUUGGAAAGCAAAAGAAAGUGUUAAAAGCGCCAACAUUCGAAGAUUUUGGCGAAGACCGUGAGAGUGACUCGAAUGAUACAGCAGAAAUAGUCGGUCUCAAAAGAUGGGAUAAUGGCUUAGAUGAAGUACUGGGGCUGACGAAUGGCCGACUGCACGACGACGAACUCAAAACGUCCUCCGUUGAUGAUGAUUCGGUCCCUCUUGCAAUCGUCGCUGAAAGCGAUGGAACAACGAAGAAAAGCACCACCGUAGCAGACAUAGACGCUUCAGCUAUCGAAGAAACUGUUGAAUUUGAGACUUCUACACCCAUACGAAAGGUCAUCGAGGUCAAAGGUUUCUUGAAAGAUGACGAUUCAUUGGAUGAUGUGCCCUACUUAGCAUCUGCCAAACAGACGGAUGAAGAAUCAUCCAAUAAGCACACCACCAAGAUCACCACGAAUUCAGUGUUCUCCCCCGUCACCAUAAGCAUUCCAGUCAUCAAACCAGAUCUGACUAAUUUCGAAAAACUACCCAGUCCUCCUCCAGCCAGUACCCAUCCAGCCCUCGAUCCAAGUUGGAGGAUGUCCAAGACCGUCACUACAGAUGACAGCAAUAGGUUUGGUUUGGAUAAAAUAUCAGUCCAGGCUUUGUACAAACCUAUUUUCACCAGUAAAGAAGUACCACAAGCAGAGGAAGGGGUCACAGAGAAGUUGGUAAAUGGGAACGAUUCCGAUUCAUCGGAACAUUACAGUACUGCUCAAGAAACAUCAGUCGACAGUAAUUCCGUGUCCACGCUGUCAAUGACUGUUUCUCCAGUAUCAACUGGCAAUAGUACCAAUGUCACAAUCAAAACCCCCAAUAGUGUGGCGGGUUUUGCCAAGACCCUAAUCAUUCCAGGACCCAACGACGUUGAAAAUUUGCUCAGCUUGGCGACCGAAUCUAAUACUCCACCGCCACAGCUGGAGCCACCACCGAAACCAGUCGAGACCGAAUGAAACAAACAUCGAGUGGGCUGUUUUUACAGUCAAAAACUGUAUUUUUCAGGGGAUAAGCUAUAAAUUAGUAGCUACUACUUAUGAAUCGAAAUUAAUGCCAAUAACUAGUCCAAUACAAUUGAUUAGUAAGCCAAUAUUUAUCCAUCAGUGCGGUUGAACAUAAUUGAAAGCACGACAGACUCUCAACAAAUUAAGAUCUUGCUUUAAAUCAAUACGUUCUUUUGUUAGAAGAAUUUCGAUGGGAUGAACUUUUAUUCUUAAAAGUCUUCAUUUUAAAAAGACUAAUACCUCAUAUUUUAGACAAAAAUUUACACGUGUGUUUGCUACAUUUUGCAUAACUACUGUUUAAUUGCUCUUAGUGUAAAAAAAACAAAAAUUACACAAUCGAAUAUCUAUUUUUCGUUAAGAUAGUUUUCUUAGUUUAUAUGUUACUAGAGUUGAUAAUACAUAAUUUAACACUGAAAUGUUUAGGGGAAAUUUUGUUGUAUAAAUGGGCUGUUUAGGGGAAAUUUUGUAAUAUAAAUGGGAUGUUUAAGGGAAAUUUUAUCAAAUUCAUUUUUUUUCUCGCUACGACACUGUAAAAAGUUAGAUAAAAUUCUUAACUUUUCCCGUCAAAAUAGAUUUUACUUGAUGGUUGCUUUGCAACCCAGAAUAUUCAAAGAAGUAAUUUCCCCUAAACAUCGCAGAGUUAUCCCUUGUAAAUCCUUAUACUUGUAAAAACAAUAGAAAUUCCAAGAAUUUUUGUAAAUAUUAUUUGAAGUUUGGUGUGAUUUGUAUACUAACACUUUUCUAUACGAGGUUUUCUUUUGAAAGGAAUUGAAUAUGAAAACAGAGUGAUUGCAUACCAGGUAAAAUAUUUUAUAAAAAUUGAAAGCAAGGAACUCUUUUCAAAGUAGCUUCACUUAAAACCAUUGUUCUUGUUUGCAAAACAAAUUUACCAUUGCGUUGCACGUCAAAUAUAAUGUGUACUUUAUUUCCCGUGUUUUACGCAGUAUAGCCGAUUCCGGCUCCUCAAUGUGAUAAAGUGUAGCAGCUUAACCCACUAAGGGUUUAGAAAAUGUGCGAAUGUUUCACCACAAUACACUAUUUCCCUAUCUAAUAGAAUGGAAAAACCGGGUUUGCUAUGCAGAGAAGACUGGCGUUAAAAUACGACUUUUUAAGUGCAGAACCAGCAGUGGGUUAACGUUGAACAUUAUAUAGUUAGUAAAUAGAAUAAGCUAAAAAUUACAAAACUUCCCCACUUUCCGUUACCAUGGUAUCCGCAAAUUUUGUUUCUUCCCCACGUCAGUAUGUUCCUGCUUCUUAGUAAAACGUACAGUCGCCACGGGGAAAAAUGCAAUAUAUUUCGUAACCAUGGUGACGAAGUGAGGAUAAAUGUGGAGAGGGGAAAAAUCGCGCAACCUUUAGUCGCCUGUUAGUGAGCCUAAAGAGACUCUUUCUUUCAACGUAAUUACCUAGGGCCUUAAUUUUUUUAAAAAAUAAAUUGACAAGUAAUAGAUCUUUGCUUUCUCUGAAAAGUUUAUGACCCACGACUUAAUCUGAAGUGUUAACUUAAUUCUCUUGAAACCUGGUCAGGAGUUUGGGCACCAUUUGAUACAUAUAUUUCUGUGAUAGAUGCGUAAGGUUCUGAGCCAUUUUAGUGAUUUUAUUAUAAUGCUAACUUCUAAUUGAAUAUUAAAAUAUCAUUGAUGUUUAAUUGUUGAUUAAAUUACUUAACUAGUCCAAGUGUCAUUAUCAUUCUAAAUUUAUAAUUCGAAACGGUAUCGCACUAAUUUUAAAAGUAUUUGCUUCAAGACUGUGCACAGCUGCCAGCAUGGAUAGGAUAAAAUCCAGUUGAUAAAACAAAAUAUAAAUUUCAUGAUAACUAUUGCAUAUUAGGCUAAAUAUUUUACAAAUAGGGUAUUUUAAGGAUUUUUACAAUAAUCAAAAUACAAAAACUUUAUAACAGUAAUAACUGUAAAUGGUCUGCAAUAUUUUCCAAUUAUGAUUGACAUUAAAUGAACUUGAAAUAUUUUUUUUUAUUAUAUAAACUUAUAAUUUUGAAUAGUAAUAGACAAGUAAUUAAUUAUUGAUAGUUAAAAUAUUUUUUUUAAUUAAUUAAAAAAUUAAUUUCUGGAUAAAAAUAGAAUGAACAUUUUGGAACAAAAAAACUUUAAAAACUGAUUGCUAUUAAUGAGGACUGAUUACAUCAUUAUGUAUUAGUCAUACUUAUUUAAAUAUACGAGCAAGUAAUGAAUUGUGUAAAAAUAUAAUUUUCAAAAAUGUAAUAAACUGUAUAAAAAUUCUAUUUCAAUGGGGAUUUUUUUACAAACUUAUUCAGUUUAAGGGAAUUUUCUUAAGUGUCCAAAACCCAGGAGAAUUUUUAUUGAACCAGUAUCUUAAUUGAACAACUUAUAAAUCCAGUAGAGUUGUCUUCUAUGAGUGUGCAAUUUGCAGGGAUAAUUUUUAUAGAUAAUGGAGAGAAAAAAAAUAAUGCGUUAGAUACAUACGUUUAUAGUGUUUCUUAUAAUGUGAUUUUCAGCACACUGCUGUUAAGAUCUCAAAUUGUGGUUGGGUGGAGACUUUAUAUUUUACGAGUAUCCAAAGACUGCCAAAUAGAAUAAAUAUCUAUCAUCAAUUUGUUUAACAAUAUAAAACAAAGAGAAUUAAAAGCAUCUUUAGAAUUUUUUCUCCCUGUAUCCACCUCCUUUGACGGUUGAGUUCGAUUGGGAGAUUAUUCUCUAAUCUCUUUCAUCGCGGACGAUAUAACUCGUCUUCCAGGAAUAUUCUCUGCGCUCUAUUGUUGUAUUAAUGAAUAUGGUUAUUGAUUGCAAGUGAUUAUUAUUUUUUAAAGCAAAAUAAACAAGUUUUACAGGAAUUU